AUGGUCACUUUCAGCGAUCUCAAGUUCAUAUCGCCCUCUGCGCUUCGCGGGUGGUUCCGAAACGGCCCCCCCAGCGAACGGCGCUUCACCGUAAUCGACGUCAGAGACAGCGACUACGUGGGUGGACACAUCAGGGGCUCCUGGCACUAUCCAUCGAGCGAGUACGUUUCGCAGUUGGCGGAGAUCAGACAGCGGCUCGUGGCAGAGAAUGUGGGCGAUGUGGUGUUCCACUGCGCGUUGUCGCAGCAGAGAGGGCCGUCUGCUGCGCUCAAGUUCAUCCGGUCGUUGGACGAGCCUGGCAGCGACCCUGAAGCGUUGCGAGGCCUCCAGGUGUGGGUAUUGGAGGGCGGCUUCACCAAGUGGCAGCAACAGUACGGCGAGGAUAGCGCUGUUACUGAGGGAUACGACAAGGAGCUCUGGCAGUGGCAGUAG